ACCUCAUCGCCAUCGCAUCAGGUGAAGUAGUGUACAAGGCCUUCCCCGACAUGGAAGGGCGCAAUUGGCGCACCGGUGUCUGGACUGAACCGCUCACUAUGAAGGAGGCGUACUGGGAGUUUGAGGAGGACACGGCCAAGCAGGUUGCGUGCGCUGAGGACCUGACGUCGGCAUACCGCUUCGGUGUUUACGACUUCCUCAUUCUCCCUGACUCAUUCCCUUACGGCGGUAUGGAGAACUGUUGUCUGACGUUCGCCACCCCGACUCUGCUUGCGCACGACCGCUCGCUCGUCGAUGUCAUUGCGCAUGAGAUCAGUCACUCGUGGUUUGGCAACAGCAUCGGCUGUGCUUCGUGGUCGCACUUCUGGCUUAACGAGGGUUGGACGACCUAUCUUGAGCGCCUGAUCAUUGGCAAGCUGCAUGGCGAGGCCACGCGCAAUCUUUCUUACAUUAUUGGCAAGGUCGGUCUCCUUGAGUCGCUCAAGAGCUACGAGAAGACUCCCCGCUUCCAAAGCCUUAUACCCGGGUACAAGGAGCACGAGGACCCCGACGAGGCGUACAGUCAGGUGCCAUAUGAGAAGGGCGCCAACUUCUUGCUGUAUCUCGAGCGCACGGUCGGCGGACUCGAGCACUUCCUGCCGUACAUGAAGGACUACGUCAAGACUUUCACAAACUCGUCCAUCACGACCGAGCAGUGGCGCGAGCAUCUGUUCGACUACUUUGGCAAGCAGAAGGACUCUGAGACGUACCUCAAGAAGCUUGGCAAGGUAGACUGGGACGAGUGGCUUCACGGUGUGGGCCUCGGGCUGCCGGUAGACUUGACGUACGAUGACUCGCUGUCAAAGCCGUGUCUCGCUCUCGCGGAGCGCUGGGACAAGGCGCGUGGUGAUGACGACCUGAGCCAGUUCUCCAAGAAGGACGUGGCCGACUUCUCUUCAACGCAACUCUGCGUCUUCCUUGACAAGAUGGGCGAGUACAAGGCUUUCCGACCUGCAACGGUGCGCACUCUGGACGAGCUGUACGCCCUCGACAAGAGCGAGAAUGCGGAGAUAAAGCUGCGCUUCUACAAGAUCGCGCUGGCGUCGGGACCAGAGUACUGCAAGAGUGCGGCGAAGUGGGUGGAGACCAAGGGCCGCAUGAAGUUCUGCCGGCCGAUUUUCCGUCUGCUCAACGAGCAGGACCACGUUCUUGCCAUCAAGACGUUUUCAGCGCACGCAGACUUCUACCACCCGAUCGCUCGCAAGAUGAUCGCCAAGGACCUCGGCGUCGAGGUGUAGAAAGAAAGCGUGCAACGACGCUGAGGCUGUGGCAGAUGAAACCAGGAAGCUGGAAAGGGGGAGCGAUAACUAAUGAAUGGUAUCGACAUUGCGACAUUGGAGGCAGGCUUUUGAAGCAUAGCUGAAUUGGAAUUGUGGAGUUGGAAUUGUCCAGAUAACUGGGCAAUUGAGCGCAAUUGAUGCCAGCGACAGGCGGACAAAGCUUCCGGGAUCCAGCGGAGCAAACUUAUGUCAUCUUGC